GUAAAGCGCCAGAUCCAGAGGACAUUUCUGGAGUUCUGAUCAAUGUGCCAAAACACCUGAGCAACCUGAAGUUUACUGUGAUGCAGAAGAUGCUGAAAACUGUUGAUUACACUCCUGUGACCUUUGACCCUAACACUGCUCACUGUAAUAUCAUCCUGUCUGAGGAUCUGACCAGUGGGAGAUACAGUGAUGAGGAACAGACUCCUGAGAAUCCAGAGCGAUUCGACAUGUCCGCAUGUGUUGUGUGCUCACAGGGCUUUGACUCUGGCUCUCACUGCUGGGAUGUUGAAGUUGAAACACAGGCUGGUUCCUCAGAGUGAUGACCGAAUCUGCUCAGAGGAGGAAUAAAAUAUUCUCAAGGAGAGGAAUCUGGCUGGUGGGUCAUUUCUGUGGAGAAUAUAAAGCACAUGAACCACCACAAUCACUAGCUCUCCUCCCAGUGAAAGAGAAACUGCAGAGGGUCAGAGUUCAGCUGGACUGGGACAGUGGAAAGCUGUCGUUCUCUGACCCUCUUACUGACACUCGUAUGCACUCUUUUACACACAUGUUCACUGUAAGUUUAUUUCCAUCCUUCAGUGUUGGCUGUGACAUUUCUCCUCUUCAUAUCUUACCUGUAAAUUCCACAGUAA